UUAAUUAAUUCUCUAUACUCGCGAGUUCAAUCAACUCUGGGUUUAAAAACUUUACGACAGGUCCUUAAAAAGCAGUAGAAUUCGCGGGCGGUUUAAACUUUUGACUUUUUCAACCUUGAGCACCUCUAGCGAUAAAAUAUUCAAACUCGGAUCAUAACAAUGCCUCCCAGCAAGUUCCAGGUGUCAAUCGUCUAGGGGAGCCGAGAUAACGACGAUUUGGAAUUGCUUUCAUCAUGACUACCGAAAAUCUCUCAGCUGUCCUUUACUCUGUCAACGAUAUUCGAUUGGAAAAUCGGACUAUCCCUAAGGCUCAAAAGAAUGAGGUUUUGUUGCGAAUGGAUAAAGUUGGAAUAUGUGGAUCUGAUGUCCACUACUGGGUGAAUGGAAGAAUUGGUGAUUUUGUUGUGACCAAACCAAUGGUUUUAGGCCAUGAAGCUGCUGGAGUGGUGCAUGAAGUUGGAGAAGGUGUAACACAUUUGAAACCAGGCGAUAGAGUGGCGAUCGAACCAGGAGUUCCAUGCCGAUCCUGCGAUUACUGCAAAGGUGGUCGUUAUAAUCUAUGCCUGGACAUCGUUUUCUGUGCUACCCCGCCCUAUGAUGGCAACUUGGCUCGUUAUUAUACGCACGCUGCUGAUUUUUGUUACAAACUCCCGGAUCAUAUGACCAUGGAAGAAGGAGCUCUUUUGGAACCUCUUUCAGUCGCCGUUCACGCUUGCCGCAGAGCUGGAGUCACCAUCGGACAGAAAAUCCUAAUUUGUGGAGCUGGACCGAUUGGUCUUGUCUGUCUCCUCACCGCUAAAGCUAUGGGAGCAUCAUCCGUCAUUAUUACUGACAUAUCUGAAAGCCGAUUGGAAGUUGCUAAAAGUCUGGGAGCUGACCAUACAUUGCUGGUGGGUGGAGAGGAUGCGGAAACAUUGGGCAAACAAGUUGCUGGAAAAUUUGGUGGACCUUCUGACGUUACCAUCGAGUGUAGCGGUGCUGAAUCUAGCAUUAGGCUUGCCAUUUUUGGAACUAAAAGUGGAGGACUUGUCGUUUUGGUUGGACUGGGACCAGCAGAAAUCAAAUUGCCAAUUGUUAAUGCAGCCGUCCGUGAAGUUGAUAUUAGGGGGAUUUUCCGUUACGCCAAUUGCUAUCCAACAGCAUUGGAGCUGGUAGCCAGUGGACGUGUCAACGUUAAACCAUUAAUCACCCAUCGAUUCAAACUGGAAGAAACCGUGAAAGCCUUUGAAACAGCCCGUACUGGUGCCGGCGGAGCAAUUAAAGUGAUGAUAUCGUGUUCAGAUUAAAGAGAACUAUUUGUUCCUUGUUGAUUCACCCAAGUGUUUGGGUGGUAGAUUUUUUCUUGGUUAAUUUUCUGAGGUGGGGGGGGGGGGGAAACACAUGAAGAUGAAAUACACAAAAAUAUUAACUGUUUA